AUGAUCGUUUAUCCAAUUAUUUUUAUUAUUGGUCUUAUCGGUAAUCUACUUUCAUCAUUAAUUUUCUCUACUACUGAAUUAAGUCAAGCUUCAUGUGGUGUCUAUUUUCUUCUACUUGCUAUAUACGAUUUAAUUGGAUUACUUGGUGGUCUUCAUCACUGUUUAACAAUUGGUUAUCAUAUUCAAGUACCUAAUGCUACUUACUGUCGUGCUCGUAAUUUUCUUGUAUAUACAUCUACAGAUAUGGUUUCAUGGAUGAUAGUAGUUGUAUCAGUUGAUCGUUAUCUUAAAGUAAAAUUUCCUUUUAAAGCACGAAUGUAUUGUACACAUAAAUUAAGCGUAACUGUUGCAUGCAUAUUAACGACCAUUCUUAUUUUAAAAAAUAUUCAUCUUGCAACCGUUUUUAUUGGAGAUUUUACAGCUACUGCUACUGAUAAUUGUGGUCCAAAUCCAAAUUAUCCUGCAUAUGUAAUUUUUUUUGAAAAUAUCUGGCCAUGGAUUGAUCUAACAACAUUUGUGUUAUUACCUUUUCUUAUUGUUACAUCUUGUAAUAUAUUUAUUAUCAAAGAUCUAUAUAAACGACGUUUAAAACUUGGUCUUCGUAAUCUUGAUCGUUCGUUAAUUAGAUUUCUUUUAAUUAGUUCAAUAUCAUUAAUGAUUUGUAACUUUCCUGUGUCAAUAACAAUUGUUAUUUAUCCAUAUAUUUCAAAAAAUAAUGGUAAAAGUGGCCAUAAUGAUAAAGUUGCGUUUGUAUUUAAUCUUUUACGGCUACCAUCUUAUGCAUCAUUAGCAUUCAAUUUUUAUUUAUAUUAUUAUUCAUCGAGUAUAUUUCGACAGCAAGCAAUACUUUUAUUUAAAUGUCUAUUUCGAGUUCAAAUAGAAUUUAAUAACAUUAAUAUACGUACAACAGAAACAAGCCGAAUGCAAAGUCCGAAGCAAUUGACUUUAACAGAAGUAUCUGAUGGAAAAUAA